AUGUUUCAAGUUUGGUUAAAUCUUGACGCGAAGGGUUCGUGGCGAGAUUAUAAUUCAGACAUUGAAACGUGGUUUAAUCUUAUUGGCGAUUCAAAAACUCAUUUGACUAAAGUGCCAAUUAUUUGUAAUAAAUCUACGACGAUAUUAAUUGCUUUUUUGGAAAUUCUUGCAAUGAUGUCGGCACGAAAAGAAUGGAAAUUUGGAAUGUACGUCUUUUUCGUUCUUUGGCCUUUUGCGAUAAUGGAUUUCGUAGCUAUUUUAUGUUUCGCUUUUAUAGUUAUGAAGAAUGAACGUAUCACAUUUGCAUUGCUUACAUGGAUAUGGUCAAUUUAUGUAUAUUUUAAUUUUAAUAAGGGAUUAAAAGGAAUUCUUGAAAAAGAUUCCGAUGUCUUCUCUCCACAACUUGAAACCGCAAUGCAAAGUCAAAACUUUGUUAUUGAUGAAUGA